AUGUCUGAAAGUACAGUGGAAUUUUUUGAUUCCAUUUCAUUGGACUUUGCACUUGCGGACGUGAUCGAUGACUCUGCGCUGUUCUCAGACAACAUCAGCCCAUGUACUGAUUCACACCUCAUGCCCGACGCGAAUGCCAUCGCCAUGAACAACGAUGAGGAAGAUAGUUAUUUCCAACAGAUGCAGGAUUUUGCUCUGCAAAUCAAUCCCUCCCCCCUUCUUUCGAAUACGUCCCCUCUGUCUGAAGAUUCCUGGCCCUUGUUGGCCAAUUACCGCGACCGAGUGAUCCCUCUGUUAGCGCCUUUGAAUACCAACGAGAAAUCUCCCUGGCACCACAUCGUCCUUCCUUGUGCUAUGAACACUAUGGCAGAAAUGGCAAUGGGCGGAUCCACCAGCCAUGCCAGGAUAGCUCUGCUAUACGUGCUACUAGCAACGAGUGCGACCCAUGUUCAACUCUCUUCUUCCUCCAUUCCGAAAGGAUCUGGACAUGCAGUGGCAUAUUAUAAACAGCGUGCUCGCCAUGAACUGAAAAAAUGCCUGCAAAAGGAAGCUUCUGCAUCGCAUAAAAUUGCCAAGUACAAGGAUGUUCUAAUGGCGCUUAUUUCGAUGGCAAUUUUGAACGUACGUUUCUGGUAUUUGAAGAAGAUGCAGACGCUUUACUUGCCUGCCUAUUGGUCACAGAACAAUUUAUCAAACGUAAAGGCCUAA